CUAGAUGAAGGAAACUCUACAUCGUCUAUGUUGCUCGUUCGUCAUUCGAAGAAAACGAAAGACGACUGUCGUCGCUGUAUCGAUGUAGAAGACGACGUAGGAAGAAGAAGAAGAGGAUGGGCGUUCAUGGCGAGCUUCUGCGGCCUAGCCGGCCAUGCUUGGCAGACUCGCCAGGGCCUGGCUCCUGCUUCUUAUCGCCUUGCACCUCGCGUGCAGUGCGCCUCAAGGAACGACACAUAGCAACUUCUCGCGGCUCCUUGGUCCCACCAGGGGGCUCAUCCUGGCGUCCAAAGAAGGAAGUCGUCCGUCUCGCCGAUCCGACGACAACUUCUGGAAGUCCGUCAAGAACCGCAGCUUUCCACGUCACGGCAGGACGGCAAGAGACAUCGAUUCGCGAAAACCCAAGCCGAGAGACACCGACCGAGAAGGCUACGAUAACCACGGCCUUCAUUGGCGAUCCUACGUGCAAUCGGUGCUCCUGGAGCUCAACAAGGCACGGGAAGAGCAGGAAGAAGAACAGGAUUCUAUUCACAAAGCUUGGCGAACGUACGUCACAAACAGACUCUUGAACCUCCUGGAUUGGAACGCACCAGACGUAGGCUCUAUCGACCACAGCAGACGACUGGUUAGGCAUCCAAGAGUUCACGCAAAGAGACACCGUCCUACCUGGAAUCCGCCAGUAGUUUUGUGGAGUACUUUGUACCAUCCCAACUACGGAGAAUAUGGCCAACGUGGGACUAACGGUCUCGGAUACCGUGCUCACGGGCGGCGUCUUGGGAUGGCAUGGCAAGACGGACGUCAUUUCACGGCGUUCAACCGCUCCAGGACGGUCAUUUAUGAAGGGAUUACCAGGCCGACGAGUACCACGCACCGUCGAAACUUGAAGGAGCUCCUAGAUAUACUAAACGCUCAAAGCCGAAAGCGAAAAAUAAUGCAACGACAGUACAAGGGUAACGAAGACCCUGAACAACGCUCAGAUGUUACUCCCCAGCAGUUCCAAGAUGUCCACAGGAGAGAGGCCGCAUACAAGGAUGACGGUGUGUACGUCCUCGUUAAGGGUGUCCUAGUGUCUCCAGAUUCCCCCAUUCGGCCACUGAUUCAGGGACAGCUCAUACCGGAACUUGUGACAUCUUGCAUUAACUGUACCACAAGUUCCAAAACAAGUUCCACAGCAGCGGAUCCCCGGCCAGUUACAGUACCGGCGAAAGUGACACAGCGACGACUUGGAAUGGUGUUCUUGUUAACACUUGUUCUCCUCUUUUGCGGUAUAUUGACAGCCGCUUUCUUGUCUGGGUAUUUGACUAAGUACUAUAGGCAGUAUGAGAUUAUUCAAAGGGCACAAUUUAUUUGAAGA